CCACCGAAGGGGAGGGGAAAAAAAGUCUGUCCUGAGCUCCUGCUCUUCUGUAAUUUCCUAUCUGUCUAUUCAGACAACAUCGCCAACACGGGCGUGUGUGUGUGAGCGACCCACAGAGAGAGGGAGAGAGGGAGAGAGAGGGCGGCCAGGCGAGGGAGCGAGCGAGCGAGCGAGCGAGGGGGAGGCUCUGUAUUUUUUCACUUAGCACCCCCCCACUCCAUUAAAGCCACAAGAAGGAGGGGCCAAAGCCCAACUGCCAAUCAAAUCCUCCCGUGGCAGCCGGCAUUAUCUCCACUACAAACUAUUGACAGAUUACAUGUCAAGGAGUUUAGUACAUUAUUGAAGGAAGCUUUGUUUUUCUUCUUUUUUAUUACUUUGUUAGUUCUUCUCAAUUCAGUCGCUCAGCUUUCCAAAACCCUCCUCGCUUCUAAUGGUUUUUUAAUCAGAGUUGAGCUGUAUUAUGAAAGUUACAUGUCUGAGAGGAUUUAACUUCGAAUUCCCUGAAUAUGCUGAAAGGGCUUUAUGCACUGAAAAGACCUCAGGAAAAUCCAAAAUGGCUGCCAAAAGGAAAGGCGGCUUGAAGCUAAAUGCUAUCUGUGCCAAGCUGAGCCGGCAGGUGGUCUACGACUGCACUUCCCAGCAUGCUGAGGGGGACUCGAGCCUACUGGACAACAGCGAGAGGGGGAGCUCGCAACACGAGGAGGGCGACCGGGCCGAGACAGACUUCCCAGAGGGCCUGGGUCUGGCUGUGAGCCUGGAGGACAACCAGCGCAGGCGUGAGGCCAUCGAGAGGUGGGUGAACGGAGAGUACGCGGACGAGUCGGCAGCAGAGCAGGAGGGCGCGCGGCCAGCGCACAACGCCGAGGAGGGUCCACCCGAAGGCGUCUACAUGGUCCAGCCCAAAGGUUGCAGCGAGGAGGAAGACAAUGCAGAUGAGCCUCCCAGUCUGCCAGGUUCCCGUGACAGCGGUUACCGUGAUGACCGCGACUCAGAAGACACCCCACACAAGGAGGACAGCUACACCUCCCCCAGUGAGGGCCCCGCCCGCCAGACACCCUUCUCCACUUCGGGGGAAGCCUCGGUGCUCCGCGACUACGCAGCCAGCACCAUGAACGAGUUCCUGGGCAUGUUCGGGUACGACGACCAACAGGUGCGCGAUGAGCUGGCCAAGAAGAUUAGCUUCGAGAGGCUGAAGGCCGCUACCUCAGACUCUACGUCCCUGAGCAGCGAGGAGGCGACGCGCCGUGCGCGCUUCUCCAAGUACGAGGAGUAUAUCCGCAAGCUGAAGGCCGGCGAGACCCUGGCUUGGCCGCUGCACGCGCCCAAGCCGGACGACGCCAGCGGAAAGAUGGGCCAGGACAAGGGCUCCCUGCUGCAGAGCGCCGGCUGCCUCCAGGGUGUUGAAGGCCAGAUCUACCCCUCCGGCGGGGAUCACAAACCCGGGACAAUGGGCGGCCCCCCGGCCAGCCCGUCCCAGAUCCAGAGCCUGGCGUCCCGUGCGUCCAAGUACGAUUUCUUCAUCCAGAAGCUGAAGAUGGGUGAGAGUCUGCGGCAGCAGAACGGCAAUACCUACAAGCGACCCUCCAAGUACGACCUGGAGAACGUAAAGUUCCUGCACCUGUUCAAGCCCGGCGAGGGCAGCCCGGACAUGGGCGGGGCCAUCGCCUUCAAGACGGGCAAGGUGGGCCGGCCGUCCAAGUACGACAUCCGCAACAUCCAGAAGCUCAUUCCUGGAAAGGCGGAGUCGCCGCUCAUGUCCGGGGUGCUGUCAGCCUCCCCGAGCACCCCAGCCGCCCCUGGGGCCACGGCGUCCGCCCCUGCUGCUUCUGGAGCCCCCGCAGAGCAGGUGGGCCACCUGGGCUUUAGCGCCGCCGACUACAUCAAGUCCACCUUCUCCAAGACUGACUCCAUCACCACGGGGACCGUGUCCUCCGUCAAGAACGGACUACCGCCAGAGAAGCCCACUGAAGAUGGCAACUUGUACCAGAAAUAUAUCGCCAGGUUCUCUGGCAGCCAGCACUGCGGUCACGUGCACUGCGCCUACCAGUACCGGGAGCACUACCACUGCAUGGACCCCGAGUGCAACUACCAGAGAUUCACCAGUAAGCAAGACGUGAUCCGGCACUACAACAUGCACAAGAAGAGGGACAACUCUCUGCAGCAUGGCUUCAUGCGCUUCAGCCCCCUGGAUGACUGCAGCGUCUACUACCACGGCUGCCACCUGAACGGGAAGAGCACGCACUACCACUGCAUGCAGGUCGGCUGCAACAAGGUGUACACAAGCACCUCGGACGUCAUGACCCAUGAGAACUUCCACAAGAAGAAUGCCCAGCUGAUCAACGAUGGCUUUCAGAGGUUCCGGGCCACAGAGGACUGCGGCACAGUGGGCUGCCAGUUUUAUGGUCAGAAGACCACCCACUUCCACUGCAGGCGCCCAGGGUGCACCUUCACCUUCAAGAACAAAUGCGACAUCGAGAAGCACAAGAGCUAUCACAUCAAGGACGACGCAUACGCCAAGGAUGGUUUCAAAAAGUUCUACAAGUACGAGGAAUGCAAGUACGAGGGCUGCGUCUACAGCAAGGCAACAAACCACUUCCACUGCAUCCGCAGUGGCUGCGGCUUCACCUUCACCUCCACCAGCCAGAUGACAUCGCACAAGCGCAAGCACGAGCGCCGCCAUGUCCGCUCCUCGGGUGUGCUGGGCCUGUCCUCCUCUUUCCUGGUGCCCAAGGAGGAGCCCGAGGAGUCCAGCAACGAUGAUCUCAUGGACUUCUCCGCACUCAGCAGCAAGAACUCCAGCCUGAGUGCCUCGCCCACCACCCAGCACUCCUCCUCGGCCCCAGCCCACCCAUUGCCGGCAACGCCCUCUGCGACCACCAAGCCCACCCCCUCGCUGCCACCCACUGUGAGCCGCGUGUCCGGCCUGCUGACCCAGGCACUGCCAAGCAGUGUGCCCAUGCCGCUGGCGCUCUCCGGCACCGGCCUCUCGGCUUCCAGCCCCUUCUUCCCCCUUCUGCCGCGCCUCCCGUUGCAGAUCCCACCCUCCUCCGCUGCCACGGGCACUGGCAACAACACCCAUGCUUCCGCCACUGACCCGCUGUCCCAGAGUGGCCCCGCCCCUGGGGAGGGCUCCGCCCCUGCUGCCAGCUCCUACGUAACCACCUCCAUAAUGGAGAAGAUGUCUGCCAGCAAGGGCCUCAUAUCGCCCAUGAUGGCACGCCUGGCUGCCGCAGCCCUCAAGCCUUCCAGAAGCCCCGACACAGGGAACGGGCCGCCCGCUUCGCUCAGCCAGUUUAAUCUGGUCCAAGUGAAGCAGGAGCCCGCGGACGGAAACCCCGGCGCCUCCCAGGAUUCCUUGCAGGAGCACAGCCUGGACCUGAGCAAGAAGGAUCACAGUAAUGAAUCAAACGGACACCCUGUACCGGGAAAUACAUCUCUUUUAUCCUCGCUUAUGAAUAAGAUGUCACAGGUGAACGCCGGUUUCUUUGGUGGCCUGAACCUGAAGACUGAGCUGGAGGGCUCUUCGGGGACAGACGGCUCCGAGGCAGCGCAGUAUCUCAGCCGCGUGAUGAAGAGGCCCCCCCAGGACAAACCUGUGGAGCUGUGGAGGACGUACCUGCGCAGGUUUGACACGGACGAUUACUGUGAGGCGCACUGCGACUUCCUGCAGAAGGUGCACUUCCACUGCCUCGUGGAGGACUGCGGAGCGCUCUUCAGCACACUGGACGGGGCGGUCAAACACGCCAACUUCCACUUUAGAGCGACCUUGAAGGUGAAGUCGGAGCCUUCAUUUGGUGAGGCCAAGGAGCCCAGCGAGGGGGCACCUCCGCAGCCCUCUGCCCCCAUCUCCAUGGCAGCCGCACCCACAGCUGAGACGGGCCCCAUCCCGCCGGUGACGGUGGGCGCUUUUGCCUCCUCCUCGCCCUCGCUGCUGGCCUGGAAGCAGUUGGCGGGCUCUGUACCCCAGUUGCCUGCUUCAGCGCCCCUGGCCACUACCUCGCUGGAGAACGCCAAGCCACAAGUCAAGCCUGGCUUUCUGCAGUUCCAGGACAACGACCCCUGCCUGGCCACAGACUGCAAGUACUCCAACAAGUUCCACUUCCACUGCCUCUUUGGCAACUGCAAGUACGUGUGCAAGACCUCGGGCAAAGCCGAGUCUCACUGCCUAGACCACAUCAACCCCAACAACAGUUUGGUCAACGUGCGAGACCAGUUCUCCUACUACUCGCUGCAGUGCCUCUGCCCCAACCAGCACUGCGAGUUCCGCAUGCGUGGUCACUACCACUGCUUGCGUCCCGGCUGUUUCUUCGUCACCAACAUCACCACCAAGCUGCCCUGGCACAUCAAGAAGCACGAGAAGGCCGAGAGGCGCGCUGCAAAUGGCUUCAAGUACUUCACCAAGCGGGAGGAGUGCGGCAGGCUGGGCUGUAAGUACAACCAGGUGAACAGCCACUUUCACUGCAUCCGCGAGGGCUGCCAGUUCUCCUUCCUGCUCAAGCACCAGAUGACCUCACAUGCCCGCAAGCACAUGAGGAGGAUGCUGGGCAAGAACUUUGACCGCGUCCCAUCGCAGGUGGUGACCCACUCCCACAGGCAGGAGGACAUGUCGCACGUGGCCGGCCUGCCGGCGGGUUCGGGCAGUCAGCCAGGCUUGGCCCCGGGGUACUCGGGCAUGGGCGACGAGGGCGACGACUACAUGGACUACAUGGGGGGCAGCAGUCCCCUGGGCCUGUCCUCCGAGUCAUCCAACCAGGACCGCAGCUGCACCAGCACCCCCGUGGGCAACGAGAGCUCCCCGGCAGGAUCAGGCUGCCAGGUCACUGCUCCCGCUGCCACCGCCCCUGCUGACACUCCCACUACCCACAAUGCACCACCACCUCCUCCUCCUCCUCCUCCACCACCUCCGCUGCAGCCUCCUCCACCCCAGUCUUUCCCUCCGGCCCUCCUCCGAGCCCCUCUGCCCUCUCUCCCAUACCUCCUCUCUCCAUCCUGUCUCUCGUACUCUCUGCUCAGCGCCUCCCUCGGAGCCGCCCGGGGUGUUGUCAUGCCGACCAACACGCCGGCGUUCAGUCCAAUCGUUGCCGCUUCUUCUCCGGUUAAAAAUGACGUCCCUAUAGUGCAGGACGCCGCAGGUAACACCAUCUCCAUUCCCACGGCGUCCGGAGCCAAGAAGCGCUUCUGGAUCAUUGAGGAUAUGUCGCCCUUUGGCAAGCGGCGCAAGACGGCAUCCUCACGCAAAAUGCUGGACGAGGGCAUGAUGCUGGAGGGCUUCCGCCGCUACGACCUGUACGAGGACUGCAAGGACGCCGGCUGCCAGUUCUCCCUGAAGGUGACGCACUACCACUGCACGCGUGAGAACUGCGGCUACCGUUUCUGCGGCCGCACGCACAUGUACAAGCACGCGCAGCACCACGACCGCGUGGACAACCUGGUGCUGGACGACUUCAAGCGCUUCAAGUCCUCGCUGAGCUGCAACUUCCCUGACUGCCAGUUCUCGGGCAACAGCACGCACUUCCACUGCCUGCGCUGUGGCUUCCGCUGCACGGACAGCACCAAGGUGACAGCGCACCGCAAACACCACGGGAAGCAGGACGUCAUCAGCGCAGCCGGCUUCUGCCAAUUCAGCUCCAGUGCUGACUGCGAGGUAGCCGACUGCAAGUACAAGCUCAAGUGCUCGCAUUUCCACUGCACGUACCCUGACUGCAAGCACACGGUUGUGGGCAUGUCACAGAUGGACUCGCACAAGCGCAAGCACGGCAAGCAGGAGCGCGGCGAGCUUCCCUCCGUCUCCCCUGGCCAGGAGCCGCACCUGGGCUCCUCAGCACCCAUGCUGCAUCCAGCCUCGCCAGGCUCUACAGGGCUCCCGCUCCACCACCCAGGGGCCUUCCUUCCCGUGCCUGCCGGGUCUGCCAACUUCGACAGUGCAUCUGUAGCCCCGGCCCCAGUGCCAACCCUCAGCCUGGACGGCUCCCUGACACUGGGCACUGAUGCCGGCAGCUCGCUUUUCUUCCUGAAGAACGCAGCGGGACUGGGACUCGGGGACUCCAUGGACCUCAGCAAGAAGAUGCAGCACGGAAUCUUGGCCACCGCUGGCGCUAGUCCUGCCUCGCUGGGCACCCUCGGCCCACACGGUCCCCAAGACGACACCACAGCCACGUCUGGCGAUGCUGAGGACGACCUCUCGCCCGAAGAGGAGAUGAACGCAGAGGAUGACGAAGAAGAUGAAGAGGACGACGACGAGGGUGAGGAAGAUCUCAACACGGACUCGUACGAAGAUUCCAUCCCGGAGCCAGAGGGCUUGGACAGAGAGAAGGACAACGGCGAGAAUUUCGACGCUUCCGCAAGCCACGGUGACGCGUCGCCGCCGGGACAGCAAGAGGCCGAGCCGUGAGAGGAGCCUGGCGCCGAGUGCGAACAAACACGAACGACAGCAGAGGAUCGACAGCGGCCUCAUUUAUCACGCUGAGGGACAUCGCUGGCGACAAGAACACACAAAAAAAAAAUGACGGCCCUAAAUGAUUUAUUAUGAUGUUUACAAGAUGACCAACAUUAUUCGUUCAAUUAUGCAUAAAAAAGAACAGAAACUAACAGGCCCAGUUUUACUCGUGGGCAGAAAUGUAAACGUUUUUUUACACACCAGUCUUUUUGUGUGCGUGCAUGUUUGACCUUAAUUUAUUUUGUUUUCCUUUGUUACUUUUUUCAUG